GAAUUCUUGCCUAUUUUGGGCCAAAAUCUGAAACCGGAGUACAUUUCUGUGUGCAAUAACGCCACGUGGGCUAUAGGAGAGGUUGCCGUCAAACUGAACGCCGAUAUGAAGCCCUACGUAGCGAUGGUAUUGUCCCAAUUGAUCACAAUCAUCAAUCAGCCGGGAACUCCCAAAACACUACUUGAAAAUACAGCCAUAACAAUCGGUCGUUUGGGUUUGGUUUGUCCCGAAGAAGUGGCCCCAAUGUUACAGCAAUUUAUACGCCCAUGGUGUUCGUCUUUACGUAAUAUUCGUGAUAACGAGGAGAAGGACUCAGCGUUUAGAGGCAUUUGCGGAAUGAUUGGUGUGAAUCCGGGCGGAGUUGUCAAUGAGUUCAUCUUCUUUUGCGAUGCGAUCGCGUCGUGGAAUAGUCCCAAACCAGACCUCAAACAAAUGUUUCACGAGAUUCUUCACGGCUUCAAGAAUCAAGUGGGAGAAGAGAAUUGGCGCCGAUUUUCGGAACAAUUUCCUGUUGUUUUGAAAGAAAGACUUGCCGUUAAUUAUGGCGUUUAAUAGCAAUUAUAACAGCAAACCAUAGGCUCAUCGCUUGCCUGAGCGCUGAGCGAACAACUAAACACUUGUUUUGUUAUGAAUUGGUUUCAAACUAAUGGCAGCAUUCAAUGGAAACACUUAUUUAAUACAUAGCGAUAUAAUGAAUAUUAGUCUCUAUUUGGAUAUAUUUGUUAAAUUAAUUUUAUGAUCACAUGUAUUGACAAUUAAUUAUACGCUUCUAUACUGUAAAUGACUACUAGUCUAGAAUUGAAUUAAUGAAUUGUCCCAACAAUUAGGUGUAAAACAACAUUUGAUUGAAUGCAUGGAAGCAUUUGCAUGAUUUUGCAUGACUUUAUAACAACUUAAACAUUUAAUUUAAGGCUUAAAUAAACACGUUGUUCGACCAUUUCAUCACUCAUUACUUCAAAGUAUAACUAAAUUCAAGUCAUUUCUUGUGAAAUAUAUUUAUUUGUAACAGUAAUGAGAGCUGGAAUUGGCUGCAAACAAAUGUUAGGCAUAAGUCUGUGUUCGCGCCCCGUAUUUAUGGCAUAACAAUGUCUGUCAAUGAAUAUUAUUGUUAACAAAUUCACACUGUUUUAAGUGCCUUUCACUCCAGCAUUGAUCUCUCCUAAUAAGUACUUUCAUUUGUUUUAUUUAAAUGUAAAAAACAAUUAUCGCUUCGAAUGCAUAAUAACAGUGAUUGUGAGACUUUUCCCCAUUCUAUAGUAUAGGCGCUCAAUAGGAAUAUAAUUGUUUUUAAUUUAUUUUCUGUGACUGACUGACUGUGAAAACAUUGUUUUUUAUUAACGAUAUUUUUGCUCAUUUUUGUAAUUGUAAUUAAUUUGCGAUUGUUUUUUGUUGUUUUGUCUGAUAUUCAGCAGUAUUUCUAAACUCUUUUCACUCCUCCUCCCAUUCGACUCGGACUCAGGAUUUUGCGUCUCAAAAGCAAACAUAUAAUUCAUUUUUUAAUUAACUCAAAGUUUGUUGUGAUUUGAGUAACGUUUUUAGCGGUAAAUAUAUUUUGACACUUUAUUUUCACUAAUAAUAACGAAGCGUUACAUUUGAAGGGAAAAUUAUAAAACAUGAGUCCAUCUUAUUGUGCCAUUAAAUGUGAUCUAAUUCUGUGAGUCUUUUAGUUUGUAAACCGUUAAGUGGGGCCACAAUUGUAUAUAUGACUGAUUGACUGUUUAAAUAAAUUAUUAUAAACACAAAACUAAUUCAACAUUCAUUUAUCAUCGAAACCCUC